CGUGUGUACACACUGAGUGUUCAGGUGGCUGUUACAUGGCAGCAUUGAGUGACACAGACAGAAAAGAGAUGCACAAGGGAGAAGUGAGAGUGCUGGAGACUCCACAGGCCACAGCGGCAGGAUGGCUUCUGAGGAGGUGAAAUGAUUCUUCUGGGAAUAACGUCACUCCAUCUGACAGAGGAAGACAUGGAGGCUCCAGAUGGUUGAAGGCCCAGCAGUGAUCCCAGACAGGCCCCACGUCAGACCAGGCUCCUCCAGGGCUGUGCUGCCGUCACCAAAGCCCAUCCUGAGGGCAGCCACAUGGCAGGCAGUGCUCGCCAUUUGUACAGCGAGGCCCAAGUUCCAGCCUGCCUUCUGGCAGGUAGAGGAAGCAGGGGUACUGCCUGGGAGCACCUGAAAGCAGAUGGGGCAGCAUUUGGUCAAGAGCCAGGAGGGGAUGACAGACCAGAGGGGAACCCUUGUCCCACGUGCUGAGUGCAUGUGGGGCGCUGGGCACUUGCUCUGUGAGCUAUAAUUGGUGUCCCUGUGCCCCGCUGGAAGCUGCACCAGGCAGCUUCUUGGUGGAGGACGGUGGUCGCCCUCUAGCCUUACUGCCUUCCCCGUGGUGGGUCGUUGUGAGAUGUGUGUCCAGGAAAGGCAAACACCAAAGGCAGAGGACUAAUUCCUACACCAAAUCCUCUGGUGGCCUUGCUUGGGGACUGGAUUUUGACAGCUGGAGGCUGUCCUAGACUCAGAGAUGGAAAACAGGGAAGAACCAUCGCUGAAACCUUUGGAAAAGCCUGCAACGGGGCCUCUGGCAGCCUGAGGAGUGGCGGUGUUUCCAUCUGGUAGAUGCCGUCUCAAUAGGAGGGACAAAUGAGUGCACUGGCACUGCCAGCCAGAGGUGUCUGUCGGCGUGUCUUUAUGGAAUGGGGCGUCAGUCUUGGUGAGGGUGGUUUACUUUCCUAUUUCUAGUCCCCACUGGGCCCACCUUCUGCUUCAUGGCCAGCUGGCCAGACCUAGCACUUUCCUGACCUUUGACCUUGGCCCCUGCUGACUCUGGCCCUUGAGGCUUCCUGCAGACCCCAUUUGUAUUCAUUUCCUGCAGUUCUCACACCUGAAUCUCGCCUGGACUUCUGCCAAGCCCUCCAGGCCCUCCUCCCCCAGGAAGACCACAGAUACUAUGUGCAGGGCUGUCCUUGGAGGGCUAGCACACCCCUUCCAAGGGGGCAAGACCCAGGGGUGGCUCAAAAGAUAGCUGUGCCCUCGCCCUGGAACCUCUGAAUGUUGAUUUUUGUAGCAAAAAAGGAUGCAGAUGUGAGUAAAGGCUGGUGAGAUAAGGACAUCAUCCCUGCUCUCUGGGAGGACCCCAAAUGCAGGCACACACAUCAGAAGACAAGGCAGCAACUGGGGUGAUGCAGCCACAGCCAAGGAAGGCCAAGGAUUGCUGGCAGCCUGCAGAAACUGGAGGGCAAGGAGCGUCCCUGCAGGGCCCCCAGGAGGAGCAGGGUCCUGCUGACACCCUGACUGCAGACGUCCAGUCUCCAGAACUGUGAGAGGAUCCAUUUCUAUUAUUUUAAGCAACCAAACUUGUGGUGGUUACAGCAGUCUCAGGAGAUAAAUACAAAUGGAAAGUCAAAAAGAUUCCAAGAAAUGAGUGGACCUGGCCGGGUGCAGUGGCUCACACUUGUAAUCCCAGCAUUUGCGGGAAGAUUGCUUGAGCUCAGGAGUUGGAGACCUUGUCUCUACGAGAAACUUUAAAAAAUAGGCUGGGUGCUGUAAUCCCAGCACUUUGGGAGGCCGAGGCAGGCGGAUGACAAGGUCAUGAGUUUGAGGCCAGUGUGACCAAUAUGGUGAAACCCCCGUCUCUACUAAAAAUUCAAAAAUUAGCCAGGUGUGGUGGUGUGUGCCUGUAAUCCCAGCUACCCAGGAGAUUGAGGUAGGAGAAUCGCUUGAACCCGGGAGGCAGAGGUUGCAGUGAGCCAGAUAGCGUCACCACACUCCAGCCUGGACAACACUUCGCCUGAAAACUCUGCCUUAAAAAAAAAAAAAAAAAAGAAAAACCAAUAGCUGGGCUUGGUGGCAUGCACCUAUAGUCCCAGCUACGUGGGAGGAUUGCUUGAAGCCAGGAAUUCAAGACCAGUCUGGACAACACAGCAAGACUCUACCAAAAAAAUUUAAAAAUUAGCCAGGCACAGUGGCACACCCAUAGUCUUAGCUACUCAGGAGGCUGAGGAGGGAGGAUUAUCUGAGCCCUGGAGGUCAAGGCUAUAAUGAGCCAUGAUUGUGCCACUGCACUCCAGCCUUGGCAACACAGUGCAAGACCCUGUCUCAAAAACAACAAAAACCCAAAACAAAAACAAGAAAUGACUAGACCUGAGGCCUGGCCUUUAGCUGCUGCCCUGCCCUUGUGAUCUGGUCACUCAGGAUCCGCUGGGCCCAAACACAGAGCCUAUUGUCCACUUCAAGAAGGCUCCCCACUGCCUGGCUGGCAAUUGGGGUGGGCCUUGCAGCCCCCACCUGUCCUGGCCCCAUGGCGCUGGUGCUGCAGGCCCCCGCCGCUGCUUGUUCCAAGCUCCUCAGCCUCCUGCAGGGUUGCCUGCACCUGAUGGCGAUGAAUCCGGAAGGCAGGCGUGUCCUGGGCCACAGAGCAGUCAUGGCUGUUCAGCCACCAGGGGGCUCCAUUUGCAACCUUGGAUGUGGCUUUGGCCUCUUAGUCCAAGGUGUCCUUGGGGGCCCCCAGACAACAGACAGGGAGACUGGAGCCCAGCCCCACCCUCCUGCACAUACCUGGCCCAUCCCUGCCCUAUCCUGGAAAAUGGGGGCCACUGCACGUGCAAGGGACACAGGACAGGAACCUUUGGCCUUGUUAUCAGAUAUUUUAAAACCAAGUACAAACAUGAUUAUCAGAUGCAGUUUUUAUAGCAGCAAGAAACCUGUGCUUGCAGAAAUAAACACAUGCCAGCAACCCACCUAUGCGGAAAGCCACACAGAGCCAUUGUUUUCUGCACCCUCAGGUGACAUUUGCCCCAGGGAAGGUCACAGCUGCCUGAACCUUUAAAACUCCCGGACACACUGCCUGUGCAGGAUCUGGAACCCAGCAGCACUGCCAGGGCCUUGAAGUGCUUCUUCAGAGACCUCUCUUCAUAAACUACUUUUUUUCUUAAAGCAGCAAAAGGAGAAAAUUGACAUCAAAGGAUAUUCCAGAUUCUUGAUAGCCUUCUCAUCAUCUCUGAGGACAUCCCCAUCAUCUCAGGAUGAGGGGCACGAGGCUGCUGGGGGCUCUGCUGGCACUGCUGGCCCUACUGCAGGGGGGCGUGUCCCUGAAGAUCGCAGCCUUCAACAUCCAGACAUUUGGGGAGACCAAGAUGUCCAAUGCCACCCUCGUCAGCUACAUUGUGCAGAUCCUGAGCCGCUACGACAUCGCCCUGGUCCAGGAGGUCAGAGACAGCCACCUGACUGCCGUGGGGAAGCUGCUGGACAACCUCAAUCAGGAUGCACCGGACACCUAUCACUAUGUGGUCAGUGAGCCACUAGGACGAAACAGCUAUAAGGAGCGCUACCUGUUCGUGUACAGGCCUGACCAGGUGUCUGUGGUGGACAGCUACUACUACGACGACGGCUGCGAGCCCUGUGGGAACGACACCUUCAGCCGAGAGCCAGCCAUCGUCAGGUUCUCCUGCCCAUUCACAGAGUUCAGGGAGUUUGCCAUUGUUCCCCUGCAUGCGGCCCCGGAGGACGCAGUAGCUGAGAUCGAUGCUCUCUAUGACGUCUACCUGGAUGUCCAAGAGAAAUGGGGCUUGGAGGACGUCAUGUUGAUGGGUGACUUCAAUGCGGGCUGCAGCUAUGUGAGACCCUCCCAGUGGUCAUCCAUCCGCCUGCGGAUGAGCCCCACCUUCCAGUGGCUGAUCCCUGACACCGCUGACACCACAGCUACAUCGACGCACUGCGCCUACGACAGGAUCGUGGUUGCAGGGACGCUGCUCCAGGACGCCGUUGUUCCCGACUCAGCUCUUCCCUUUAACUUCCAGGCUGCCUAUGGCCUGAGUGACCAACUGGCCCAAGCCAUCAGUGACCACUAUCCAGUGGAGGUGACGCUGAAGUGAGCAGCCUUCCCCACGCCAGCUGAACUGCAGGAGGAGAGGACCCAUCCUGCCGCAGGAGCCAGACAAACAGCCCAACACGCAGGUUAAGAAAUACCUUUUAAUUUAGGUAAAUAAAGCUCAAGGCGGCGGGGCUGUCA